CUACAGAUCAUCUUCUACGAGGACAAGAACUUCCAGGGCCGCUCCUACGAGUGCAGCUCUGACUGUUCCGACCUGUCUUCAUACUUUAACCGCUGCAACUCCAUCCGAGUGGAAAAUGGAAACUGGAUCCUCUAUGAGCAGCCCAACUAUAAAGGAUAUCAGUAUUACCUGAGAAGAGGAGAAUAUCCUGAUUUCCAGCAAUGGUUGGGUUUCAAUGACUCCAUCAGAUCCUGUCACCUUACUACUCAGCAUCGCGGUCCUUUCAUCAUCAAGGUCUAUGAAAAGGAAGAUUUCAAAGGUCAGAUGAUGGAGUUCACAGAGGACUGCCAAUGCGUCUAUGAGAAGUUCCGUUACAAUGACAUCCACUCCUGCAAUGUUCUGGAUGGCCACUGGAUGUUCUAUGAGGAACCCAACUACAAGGGACGUCAGUACUACCUGAAGCCUGGAGAGUACCGGAGAUACACCACCUGGGGCGCCAGUAACUCCAGAGUUGGAUCCUUUAGACGUGUUCAGCAACUCUAUUAA